GGCGGCGGGGAGCCCGAGUCCCAGGUGGCUGCGGGACAGAGGAGGCGAGCGGGCUUCUGGCGGACGGACGGAUGCGGCUGCCUGCGGAGGGCACGGACCCGAGUCUCGGCCCCCGCUCCUGCGGUCGCUCCGGCUGCCCCAGCCACUCGGGCACACAUGCAGCCCCGGGCUGGAGCCUCUGCACCUCGGGGCUUGUGAGCUGCACCAGCGUUCUAGCCUGUUCCUCUGACCCAGCGAUGGCCGUGGACAUAGAGUGCAGAUACAGCUGCAUGGCCCCUUCCUUGCGCAGAGAGAGGUUCACCUUCAAGAUCUCCCCAAAGCCAAGCAAACCUCUGAGGCCUUGUAUUCAGCUGAGCCGCAAGAAUGAAGCCAGUGGCGUGGUGGCCCCAACCGUGCAGGAGAAAAAGGUGAAAAAGCGAGUGUCCUUCGCAGACAACCAGGGGCUGGCCCUGACCAUGGUCAAAGUGUUCUCAGAAUUUGAUGACCCGUUAGAUAUUCCGUUUAACAUCACUGAGCUCCUAGACAACAUCGUGAGUCUGACGACAGCAGAGAGCGAGAGCUUUGUUUUGGACUUUUCCCAGCCUUCUGCAGAUUACUUGGACUUCAGAAACCGGCUGCAGACCGACCACGUGUGCCUGGAGAACUGUGUCCUGAAGGACAAAGCCAUCGCCGGCACCGUGAAGGUGCAGAACCUCGCCUUUGAGAAGAUGGUGAAAAUCAGGAUGACAUUUGACACUUGGAAAAGCUUCACAGACUUUCCCUGUUGGUAUGUGAAGGACACGUACUCUAGUUCAGACAGGGACACGUUCUCCUUUGACAUCCGCUUGCCCGAGAAAAUCCAGUCUUACGAGAGAAUGGAGUUCGCUGUGUGUUAUGAGUGCAGCGGGCAGACGUACUGGGACAGCAACAAAGGCAAAAACUAUCGGAUCACUCGGGCGGAGUUAAAGUCCACCCAGGGGACAGCCGAGCCACGAAACGGACCCGAUGUGGGAAUAUCCUUUGACCAGUUCGGAAGCCCUCGGUGUUCCUAUGGUCUGUUUCCGGAGUGGCCCAGUUAUCUGGGGUACGAAAAGCUAGGGCCCUACUACUAGCGACCGCGCGUGACGGAGCAUGGCUGAGUGGGUGCAGACAGGCCUGGCUGCAGCCACAGUGGGGUGGAGAUGAAAGAGAAGCCGAGAGAAUAGCUGAACUGCCAUUAGGCACAGUUUUUGAAAAGAAAGGAUCCUAUUCAUUUUUUCCUUCAAUCAGCAAGUCCAACCUGGCUUAGAUCACAGAACCGGUUUCGCACGCAGCGUGGCUGUGGUGUGCUGGUCUGUUUGGCACCUGUGGCAGCCACAAGGUGUGGGCAGGAUGGUGCCAGAAGGGGUCUGGACAGGAACCAGGCCCUCAGGCAGUGCUGGUGAGGCGAGAGGGUGGUGGCUUCAUCACGACACAACUUGGAGGGUGCCCGGGCUGUGCGGACGCGCAGCUGGGGAAAGUCAGCCACGCGAACGUCACUCCAUCCCCAGCCACCUUCUGGACCCUUGCCGUUCGUCUUUGGGUGUUCUCCACCCAGCCAGGCCCUUCCGGCCUGUCGCUGCUGUCCCACCUCUACGUGGUCCUCAUACUUUGUCUCCAUGCAGUUGCUGGUGUUUUUCCUCAACCGUUCGUCUGAUGUUCAGGAAAAGAUAAUAAAGGCAAAUCAGCCUGUGAAACAGCAUUUUCUCCUCCUGACCCCUGUGUGUGUUCCAGCAGAGAACACCCGACAGUGACCCGAAGUCCUAUCACUGUGCAGUGGUCCAGAUUGCUGGCUAGGACAGGCAGCACAGCCAUGAGUGGGGCACAUUUGGUUCUCCUCGUGGCUUUUGGGGGAGCUUUCUAAGAACUCAGUCUUACCCUGAGUCACCAGAGACUCGAUGACAGGCGGUGUUUUAACGCUCGGCUGGUUUGCAGGUGCCUCGUUCUUCACACAAAGACUUGAGGUCUCCUCUUCUGGAGAUUCACCUUUUGUGCUGUGUUCAGGACGUUUGGAUUCGCAGAUCCAAUAUAUCCUCAAAGUCUUCCAGAAAUGUUUGCUUUUACUUUGUGAAUUACAAUAUCCAGGACACUUUACAAGCACCCAGGGACUUCGAUCUGGGUGUUCUUAUUUAUGGUGUGUGAGUAUGUGAAAGGGGUAGGGAAGAAAAACCUCACUAAGUUCUCGUAUGUUUGCCAAUUCUGAAAUAUCAGACAUGAAUUGUUCCUCACCAUAUUGGACUAAAGAAUUAAAAAUCCAUUGGUUCAUGUUGUUGUGAGACUCCUGGGACUUUCAUUGUCAGAUGGAUCCCCAGAUUCUGUGAUUUUUCUUGGGCAAGGUUGGUUGGUUUGUACGUGGGGGUGUUUAAAAUAUUUUUUACAUGUGUAUUCGUAGAAGGUUGGGGGUUUUUCUGUUUUGUGUUUGUUUUCGGAGAUUAAACAACUGUCCCAUGUUCCUUGUGCCUGAUUCACUGAAGUGAGGUUUUCCUGAGGGCAGCGGGAAGCUGGAGGCACAGCCACUGACCUCUGCAGGAGGAGUCUCCUUCGUUUGCAUUUUCCAGACCAGUUAGGAAUCUUCUGCCAGCUUCCGUGUAGAUCACGCCGGGUGUCAGCAGGUAUAGCGUGUCAGGCACAGAGUGUCCCGGCUCUUGGAGUUGGCUGGGUUUUUUUCUUUUUUGAACUUUAAAAUGUUUUAACUUUUAAAAUGAUCUUUAAAUGGUGUUUGAUGUAAUUCUUGCUCCUAAAACUGGCUGUUACUAGUCUGCAAUCUAGUGCUUUAUUUCGUGUGCCUCUCCCAGGUGGGUAGCACUGAGGGGUUCCAUGAUAACAUAAUUUAUGGCAAAAUCAGUUUACUUAUGCUGAAAUUGGGCAGAACUGUGUUUUACCUAAGCAUAUCUUACAUCGAGGACACCGAGAGCACGUUGUGUUACAAAUCUGGGACUCAGAACUAGUAAGAGUAUAGAUCUAAAUUGAAGGGAAGCAAAACUACUUUUGUAUAGGUCAUGGAUUUUGUUUGAAGAAGUCCCCUCCCUCCGCCUCCUUUGCAGGAAAGGUACAGGUACACUGUGGUUUACAUGUCACGACUGCAGGUCAUGAGACUACCCUGCGUUCAUGAGAAAAAUGCCUCAAGUGACUUUGUAGGUUUUCAAUAACAGUGAUCCUAAGACAUUCCUGUGUCAAAAUUUGAAAUAGGGUAAUUCAGUGAUAAGUAUCUCUUUUAAAACUGACGCAGC